UAUCCACAAUGGCUGGCGCCUUCACAAGUUGAGCACCGUCGCGAAAGGUACAUUUUCUUAUACUUUUGUCACCUAUGUGAAACAAAGUUGAUGGAUCUUCACGUUUGACAUUUAAAGGAAAAAAUCAGCGAUCACGCUAACGGUGUUUCAACAUUCUUAUUAUUUUGUUAGUGUAACAGUUAAAACGACAGUUGAAGACUCACUAGCUUUGAAGAUUUGUCCCAAACCAUGAAUAUUGUGGGCCAGUUGGCAGAGACCGUGUAUGUGACAGUCAAGGAGCUGUACUGUGGCCUUAAUCCCGCCACUCUCACCGGUGGGAUCGAUGUCAUCGUGGUGCGACAGCCCGAUGGCUCCUUCCAGUGCUCCCCCUUUCAUGUCCGCUUUGGCAAACUGGGUGUGCUUCGCUCCAAGGAGAAAGUGGUGGACAUUGAGAUAAAUGGAGAACCAGUGGACCUGCACAUGAAGCUAGGGGACAAUGGGGAAGCUUUCUUUGUUGAGCAACAUGAAAACUUGGAGUCUGAAGUCCCUGCCCAUCUCUGCACAUCCCCAAUUCCUUUUGACGACCCCCAAGACACUAAGGAGACCAAUGACGGAUCCUCUCUCUCUGGGUCCGGGACUCGCAAGAAGAGGCGUCGUCGUAAAUGCGUGCGCUCAGAUAGUCGCCAGAGAGAAGAGGCGAUGUCCUCUUCAGAUGAGCAAGAAAAAGACAGGGAGUGGGAGAACGAUCAUAGCGGACAAGAGAGCCCAGAUAAAGAUUCACAUGCCACACAGCUGCAAGUCAGUAAGUCAGUGUACUAUUCGCUGUCUGAGGAGCCACCCGAGGAGGAGUCGGGAGUCAGAGAUGCUCAUCGACACUCGGACGGAGACCAGUCGCCUGUAGAAAAUGUUUUUGACAGCCGUCCAUCCUCCCCUAAGAGUGACUCGGAGCUUGUGGUGAAAAAUCAGUCUCCCGGGGUAUUGAUGCAGUGGAACUGGGGAGGAUUUCCCACGCCACGCCAUUCUGAGAGAUCAUCAGGGGAGUUGCAGCAAUCUGACUCGACUCAUUUCCGCACCAUUCAGAGGCAAGACUCCUUUGACAUGGGCAAUGAGCCUGUGAGUAACUGUAGCAGAGCAGGCCGGGUUACUGUGGUCAGACCGCAACCCAGGACUCACUCCCUGGACCUGAGUGCCUACGCCUCACAAACGGUGCCCCCGACCUUGGAUGAACACCUCAGCUUUACCGCCUCAACCUGGAGCGGCCUGUCAAAGUCUGAGAAGGAUGACUCUGAAGUCAUUGCUCCUGAAGACCCCACAGUCAAUACUGACCAAGUUGGUGACAGGAGUGAUGCAGCUGAAGGUCAAAAUGAUGAUAACAGUCAGCCCACUGAAGACACGAUGGUGGAAAGAAAUGUAGCAGACAACGCAAGCAUGGAAACGCAGGAGAGUGGGCAGACGGAACGAGGCUGCAGCGGUAGCGCAGCCGUUAGCGAGGGCGACAGUGGCAUCGAUCCCUGCGCCGAGGGAGGGGAAGAAGAUGGCCGACUUGGAUUGUCUCACUUUGCAUCUCCAAAAGAUGAAGACGCAGACAACAUGUCUGCUGAGGAGUUAGCAAACUGCGCCGAGUUCUCAACCAAACAGGAGCAGCAAGACAAAAAGAAGGGUGAGUGUCAAAACUAUGGCAGACGUAAUCAUCAUCUUGGACCGACGGGUAUUUACCUGGAUGAUCUGACUUCACUUGACCCUGAGGUUGCAGCACUCUACUUCCCCAAGAGUGAAACGGAGAAUUGCUCCCUUCCUGUCGUCGAGCAAGGCUCCGGCUCAGCAAGUCAGUCUCCGCAAUCUAUGGGCGCGCUGGACAGCGGUACGGAGUACUUGUCAGAUUCUGCUCCCGACGCCACAGAGGUCAGCAUGUCCCUCUGCGGUCAUGUGGGCGACACCAGCCAAAUCACCAAAGAGAAGUUUCUGGAGCACUCUGUGUCAUACCAGGACUUUGUCAACAAUCCAGGAAUCAUUGAUGACCCUAGUCUAGUGAUCUGUAUCAAUUCCAACUAUUAUAACUGGGCAGUGGCUGCUCCAAUGGUUUUGUCGCUGACCGCUUUCCAGAGGAAUUUACCCAAGAGUGCUGUUCAGAGCCUAGUUAAGGACAAAAUGCCUAAAAGGUCUGGACGCUGGUGGUUCUCCUGGAGGAGAAGAGACUUGGACAACAACCAGCAAGAGCCUCAGAAGAAAGACAACCAGGAAGUACAGGGUGAGGGUCCGAACACAGAAAUCGCUACACUGGACGAUGCGGAUGAAAAUGCAGUGGCAGGGCCUGGUCAAAAAGCCGUCCUUACUUCGAGCAUGUCAACAGACACGCUUCGCACCACUCAGUGUCUCACUCAGUUGUACUGCAAAUCACUUCGUCUGACUUCUGAACAAAUAGCAAACUUGAAUUUGCGCGAAGGAGUCAACAAGGUGAUAUUUAGCGUGACCACUCAAUACCAGGGCACCUGUCGCUGUGAGGCCGCCAUCUAUUUGUGGAACUGGGACGAUCGCAUCAUCAUAUCAGACAUAGAUGGCACAAUCACUAAGUCAGAUGCUCUAGGACACAUCUUGCCUCAGUUUGGGAAAGACUGGACGCACAAAGACAUAACCAAACUCUACCACAAAAUUCACCAAAAUGGCUACAAGUUCCUGUAUUGUUCCGCGCGGGCUAUAGGCAUGGCCGCCAUCACGAAGAACUACCUGCAGUGGGUCAACGACAAAGGCACUGUUCUUCCAAAAGGCCCAGUACUGCUGGCCCCAAGCAGCCUCUUUUCUGCACUGCACAGGGAGGUGAUUGAGAAGAAGCCGGAGGUGUUUAAAAUCGCCUGUCUCAGUGACAUCAGGGAUUUAUUCAAUCCCAGGAAACAGCCUUUCUACGCUGCCUUUGGCAACAGGACCAACGAUGCUUACGCCUACGGGAAGGUGGGGGUGCACAACACCAGAAUCUUUACUGUCAAUCCAAAAGGAGAGCUGCUUCAAGAGAUGACCAAAGGAAACAAGUCCUCUUACAGCCACCUCGGUGAGUUGGUGGAGCAUUUCUUCCCUGAGGUGGACGAGAGCGGCUCUGCUGCUUUCGCGUGUCCCGAAUUCAGCAGCGUCACCUAUUGGAAGGAUCCACUGCCAGAAUUGGACCUCGACACACUACUGUAGAUACCACACCAACAUAACCAUCAUCUGCCUUAAUAUUUACAACAAUGUGUUACAACACCUAAUAACUGCCUUUGAUUGACUUCCCGGUGGUGUUAUUGAGUCAGCAUUAAUUACACUACUCGGACUGAUACGUACAAUCAGUCCAAUGUUAAUCCUAAAUAUGCAAUUGUUCAAGUAAUAUGUUGCCUUUGUUUUUAUUAGUUGCGAUGACAUUCAUUCCAAUUAUUUAUGCCACAUAACUUUCACUGCGUCCAACAUAUCAGCUCAAAGCAUAAGCCAAAAAUGAUGCUAAUGCCAAUUUUUUGCGUGUGUGAUGGGACCAUUGGAAGCACCAAGCAGUGACAUGACGUUCCUGUUGAGUGGACGCUUGAUACCGUAUCUGCAUGCAUGGGUGUGGAGUUGUAUACGUUGUGCUUUGGCUACUAUUAAGUUAUUUAACAUUGUUUUUCUGAGAUUUUUUUGGGGGGAGGGGUCUCUGCUGUUUUCAUUGUUUUAGUAUACCCAUGGUACUAAAGAAUUUAGGUAUGACAAUUACUCCCUACUCUGCAAACAAAGUGCAUGGUGGUUUUGUUAUGCUGAAAAUGAUUGAUUUAAUCAUUUCAUAGAGUCACCAUGUAAACAAAUGGCACAUUUCAUGUCUUCCUUUUAGUGACUACUGCACUACAACAUUCAGAAACGUUUGUACACUGUGAAUGAGGGAGAUGCUUUUAUUCUGACAUAAUGUCUCUGACCCAAGAAUUGAGGAAAAUUGCAAUGUUUUUUAUGGUUGUUUAAUGACACUAUUUUCUGUGCGUACUUUUAAUGAUACAAAAAUGGAAUUCAAUGGAGGUAGUUGAAUGUGCGGUUUUAAAAAUUAAAUGCAUGGCAGAUAUGAUGCAUUUGAAAUAAAUCCAUCUGUUUUAAUA